ACUUCAAGAUAAUAACUCAAAUCAAAGUACACUCAAAUUAGUGCGUACACACAGUGGACAGAGGUGAGAGUGACUGGACUAUUUGGAUAUCGCUGUGUAUUCUGGGUACAGACAGUAAUUCCACGAUGGCGGCGAGCAGGAGGCUGCACAAGGAACUUGAUGAAAUCCGCAAGUCUGGAAUGAAAAAUUUCCGUAACAUUCAAGUUGAUGAAACAAAUAUUUUGACUUGGCAAGGUCUCAUUGUUCCAGACAACCCUCCAUACGAUAAAGGUGCAUUCAGGAUCGAGAUAAUCUUCCCUGCGGAGUACCCCUUCAAGCCCCCCAAGAUCACGUUCAAGACGAAGAUCUACCACCCCAACAUCGACGAGAAGGGACAGGUGUGUCUGCCUGUGAUCAGCGCAGAGAAUUGGAAACCAGCCACUAAAACUGACCAAGUGAUCCAGUCCCUGAUCGCGCUGGUCAACGACCCCCAGCCAGAGCAUCCUCUCAGGGCAGACCUAGCAGAGGAAUACUCUAAGGACCGUAAAAAAUUCUUUAAGAACGCAGAAGAGUUUACAAAGAAACAUGGAGAAAAACGACCUAUGGACUGAGAACGCAAACGUGUGACUCCCUCUUCCCUUUCUUCCCUCCCCCCGGACCCUCUCUCAACUCCUCUCUCUCCCCCCUUCCAAGACCACCUAUACCCCCUUUGUUCUUACCCCAUCUCCUGAAAAUGGCCCUCACACAGGUACACAUCCUUCUAGCCCCCCUCCUCCUCCUGGGGUGGUAUAUCUCGGCUCCACUUUGCCCUGGCAACAGGACUUUGUCGUGAAUCAGGCUCGUCGGUCACCUCUGGGUGUUAGCUUGUGGCUGUUACUAACUUUCUACUGAUUUCUUAAAUUAAAUUAUAAAAGUGCCGGAUUUGGGCCAGAGAGAGCAACUUAUAACAGGGAGAGGAAACAAAUAUGUGGAUAAAAUGUUGUUCUGCUCAUGAUUUGUUCACAGAAGUGUAUUGAUUGCUGGAGCAGACCUGUAUAAAGAUUGUCGACUGUUUUGAAAGCUA